AUGGAUUCCUCCGGCUCUCAGGAGAAAAAACCCAUCCCGCGCUUCGCCAGCUUCAAGCCCCCGACAGCUCCUCCGCCCGCGGUCCAGCGACCCGAUCGCGACACCACUAAGAGAGAAGAGAAGGAGGGUUCCCGGCAUCGUUCCAGUCAUCAUUCCAGACAUAGAAGUCAUCGCGAUCGUUCGCGCUCGAAAGAACGGCGCCGAGAGCGAGAACACCUAGAUCAUCGUCAUGCCCGUCGAGAACCGGAACAUCGCCGUCGCGACACCCCCAAGGAACCGAGGGAUGCAACCCCCGGAUUCCGAUCGUCGUCUAAAGCCAAGGUGAAGGCGCCUGAAGAAGAUGUCCCUGAUUUAUACGUGAUCGAUCGCAAAGGCGACAAGUACAAUCUGAUCUAUGGUACCAUCUAUCGCUAUAGCAUUCCCCUCUAUCAUCGCGUCGGUCGAGGGAGUGUACUGGGCCUCCCUCCGAACUAUAAAAUCGACCGAAAUUCCGCUGAGGGCGAUGCGUUGGUUAUAAGGGCAGAUUCAUGGCGCUCCGAUACGUCCAAAACGAAAUCCAAGCGCAUACUGGCGGGCCUCCAUAAGCAACGACCGAAACUACUUCGAAUACGCCAAGCAUCUUCACCGAAUGAGGACACGGAUGCCACCAAAGACUUUCUACCUCUCAACGUUUCCGGUAGUCGACGAAAACAAGCAAACAUUGGCGAGAUCGAGUCGGACGAUGAAAAACACGCGUAUCGUUCAAUCCACGGUAAAGCCAAACCGGAAGACGACAUCCCGAGCGACUUAGAGGCCGUGUCGGACAGCGGGUCGAGUGAUGACGAAGCGGUUCGCGUCGAUCCAGAUCAGGAGAUCAAACAACGGAAUGUUGAACUGACAAGAGCCGUUGAGAAGAAGCCUAGCGAUGUUAGCACAUGGCUGCAGCUUAUCGAUCACCAAGAGACUCUUCUCCGGGGCGCUGGACGGGAAUCCAGCGCCUUGACUUAUGCCGAAAAGCAAAGCUUGGCCGAUAUCAAGCUUUCGCUGUAUGAAAAGGCCCUAAAAAGAUCCGGUCAAACUCCUGCCCGUGAUCGUUUACUCCUCGGACGACUGGAAGAAGGCGCAAAAUUGUGGGAUACGAAGAAGCUGUCCGCACAAUGGCAGGCCGUAUUGAAGUCGAACGCUCACUUCGUCAGUCUCUGGAUCAAGUACCUGGACUUUCGACAGACUGAAUUCCUGGAUUUUACCUACGAACAAUGUCUAACAACCUUCCUGGAGUGUUUAAGGCUCAAUCGGUCGGCUCCAGAUAAUCCCGGGAAAGCCCAUGUCCAAAUCUACCUUUUUCUCCGACUAACGGUCUUCAUUCGCGAGUCCGGGUUCACAGAACAUGCCGUUGGCCUUUGGCAAGCAACUCUAGAGAUUGCCUUCUUUCGGUCUCAAUCAUUAGACGCAGACUCACAGGGGAUAAUAUCGAUAUUGAUGGAAUUCUGGGAGUCGGAGAGUGCUCGCAUUGGCGAAGUUGGUGCAAAAGGCUGGGCUAAUGGCGGUGGUGCUCCUGCAGCCCCUAGAGUCUUCAAGCCAGAUUCACACGUCAAUCCAAAGGCAAUCUUCACAACAUGGGAAACCUGUGAAAGGGAGCGGAUUCUCAAUGCCCGACUUCCUGGUCGCAGCUUAGACGAAUCCGAAGAUGACGACCCUUUCCGAGUCAUCCUCUCAUCGGACCUCCAAGAGAUUGUAUCCUUAGUCUGGCACCUGAAUUCGGCUGAAGAAUUGGUCGACGCUUUUCUGUAUUUCUGCUGCCUCCCGCCUCUAAUAUCUCCGAGAAACCUGGAAACAACUGCCUGCUGGAUUGGUGAUAGCUUCUUGCAGAAUUAUCUCGCGGGUAGUGCACAAUCCAGUCUUGACGACUGGCUUCCCAAGGACUCUUCCAGUGCCGAUCAGCCAAUUCUCUUCCCUCAUCAAAAGUUCAUCCACACCGUUCAAACCCUUUUUGCCGACGAGGGGGCAUGGUUUGCGUCUUUGAGAUCAUGGGCUCAGGCGACGUUACAUAGGCGAUCCGAUAUCGACCCCGACUGGGCCCGGCGUGUUCUGAGGUUAUUAGUGGAGGCAAUGCCGGGCAAUGAGCUCAUAGCGGAGUAUACCAUUGCUGUAGAGUUCGCAUGCAGCAGCAAGGACGCCAAGAAGUACGCAAAAUCGUUGCUCAAGAAGCGGUCCUCUAGCUUGCGGCUCUACAAUUGCUACGCUCUCAUCGAGCGACGCUCAGGCAACCUGGCAGUUGCCGACCACGUCUGGGCGACCUCUCUCUCCAUGAGCAAGACAUUCUCGGAGAAGGACAAAGCUCAGAGCGUCCUAGUAUGGCAUACAUGGAUAUGGGAGUUGCUAGAAGCUCGAAAUAUAGCCCACGCCUCCCACCUUCUGCUGUCUAUGCCUGAGAACAGUGUCGACCCGAAGGUUUUCCCUGAUUUUUCCAGCCAGUCCACCAUCAGCCCAACCAGCUUUCUCAAGAUACAGAGUGAUCUGUCGGGAACACAGGAAACCGCCCUCGCCGCCGAGAACGCCGACCUUUUCGCUGCUUGCACCGAUUGUCUGGCCAUACUACUCUACCUCGCUCAUUCACUCGACCUCGUCAAAUCCCAAGAGGCAUACCUCAACGCCACCCGCAGACUCGAUGCAAUGCCAUCGCACACUGGCUCCUUCCGACCUUUCACCAUGGAACUCCUCCACCAGUCGCGCGCACGACUCCUCUACCACCACGUUCGCACCAGCACCCUCUACAAACCCUCAUACAUCCGAACUCUCUUAACCGAGAGCAUCUCAUUAUUCCCACACAACACCAUGUUCCUCUCCCUCUUCGCCUGGAACGAAUCUCGCUUCCGAAUCGAAGAACGCGUCAGAGACACCAUGAGAGACAUCACCACGCACCCCCAAGGCAGCGUCAGCGUCAGCGAAAACAGCAACGCCAACAAUCUCCUCACCACAACCCAAGUCCCCAUCACAUCGCAUCUCUUCUCCAUAUACACCGAACUCAGCCGACCCGUCCACGCCGGCUCAACCAUCCACUCUGCCCGAGCGGCCUUCGAAAAAGCCAUCACCGGCCAAGACAGGCCCUCUUCUACCCUCCAACCCUCCACAUCCACAUCCACAUCCAGCGCCCGCUCCAACCUCACCCUCUGGAAACUCUACAUCCUCUUCGAACUCUCGCACCACGACAUCCGUCGCGCCAAGGACGUCUUCUACCGCGGUAUGCGCGCCUGUCCGUGGUCCAAGGAACUCGUGAUGAUAGCGUUCAGCCAUCUCCGCGCGGACGUCAUCCGAGAACGACACUCUAGUACAUCCUCAUCGCCAGCACCACCUUCCGGUAAAAACGAAGGAAUGGGUUUCGACGAGCUCCGUCGCGUGUACAAUGUUCUCGUGGAGAAGGAGUUACGGAUCCACGUCGACAUCGAGGAUCUGUUGGAUAAAGUAGCGGCUAAGAUGCAGGAUCGGGCUGCGGCGUUGGGGAUCCCGAUUACGAUACCUGAGGAUGCAGAGAGUGAGGAUGAGAGGAUGGAGUUGUAG